AAAACGAAGAUGAGAGAGAGAGAGAGAGAGAGAGAGAGAGAGAGAGAGAGAGAGAGAGAGAGAGAGAGAGAGAGAGAGAGAGAGAGCGAGAGAGAGAGAGAGAGAGAGAGAGAGAGAGAGAGAGAGAGAGAGAGAGAGAGAGAGAGAGAGAGAGAGGGAGAGGCAAAGAUAGAGAGAGAGAGAGGGAGAGGCAAAGAUAGAGAGAGAGAGAGGGAGAGAGAGAGAGAGAGAGAGAGAGAGAGAGAGAGAGAGAGAGAGAGAGAGAGAGAGAGAGAGAGAGAAAGAGAGACCAACAGAAGGGUAAAGAACAACAGCGUUGAAGGCCCAUGGGAGAAAAGAAAGAGAGUGGGAGAGAGAGAUCGAGAGAGAGAGAGAGAGAGAGAGAGAGAGGGAGAGGCAAAGAUAGAGAGAGAGAGAGGGAGAGGCAAAGAUAGAGAGAGAGAGAGGGAGAGAGAGAGAGAGAGAGAGAGAGAGAGAGAGAGAGAGAGAGAGAGAGAGAGAGAGAGAGAGAGAGAGAAAGAGAGACCAACAGAAGGAGAGAGAGAGAGAGAGAGAGAGAGAGAGAGAGAGAGAGAGAGAGAGAGAGAGAGAGCGAGAGAGAGAGAGAGAGAGAGAGAGAGAGAGAGAGAGAGAGAGAGAGAGGGAGAGACAAAGAUAGAGAGAGAAAGAGGGAGAGAGAGAGAGAGAGAGAGAGAGAGAGAGAGAGAGAGAGAGAGAGAGAGAGAGAGAGAGUUUGAGAGAGUGAGAGAGAGAGAGAGAGAGCUAGAGAGAGAGAGAGAGAGAGAGAGAGAGAGAGAGAGAGAGAGAGAGAGAGAGAGAGAGAGAGAGAGAGAGAGAGAGAGAGAGAGAGAGAGAGAGAGGAAGAACGGGAAAACACAAGAGCAUACGUGACGGAGGUCAUGAUGCCACGAGCAA